AUGGAUUCUCAGAACUCUUUUACCCACUCGGAAGGGUUUGUCAACCUUUUAACCAGUCAGUUGAACCCUGAAUCGUACUCGCCUUGCAUAGAUUUAGUUGGAUCAUCAGACAUUCCUUUGUUUAGUACACAAGGAUCUGAUGAUCCUCCUGAUACUGCGCUGAAGAGGAAAAUCUGGUCGCCGAAGGAAGACUUGGUCCUCAUAAGCGCGUGGCUCAACACUUCGAAGGACCCGAUAGUCGGUAAUGAACAGCAUUUAGGAUCGUUCUGGAAGCGGAUUCAGUUAUACUACAACGCAAGCCAAGAUAUUGAAGGACUGCCAAGGAGACAGUGGUCUCAGUAUAAGCAACGCUGGGGGCGUAUAAAUGAUCAGGUGUGCAAGUUUGUGGAAUCAUACUCGGCUGCGCUGAAGGAGAAAUCAAGCGGUCAGAAUGAAAACGAUGUGAUGAAGCUUGCACAUGAGAUAUUCUUUAAUGAUUACUCCAUAAAGUUUGCCUUCGAACAUGCCUGGCGAGAGUUGAGGCACGACCAAAAAUGGUGCACGAGUAGCCAAGAUGUGACGUCGAUGAAAAGAAGAAAGGUUGAGGACUCGGCUCAGUCCUCAACCACCAUACCUGCAGGCGAUAAUGAAGAUGUAGUCGAGGUUCGUCCACCAGGAGUCAAGGCAUCGAAGGCCAACGCAAAGGCAUCACGUGUUAAGCCCAAGAACAAGGACAUGAAGGAGUUCUCUUCCAUGUGGGAAAUGAAACAAAAAGAUCUAGAGUUGAAAGAUAAGAUUAGGGACAAGAGGAUUCUUGAGAGCCUUUUGGAAAAGUCAGAACCACUUACUGAUAUUAAAAUAAACCUGAAAAACAAGUUAAUUAGUGCUAUGUAUGGCCUUUAG